AUGAUAUGGCCCUGGAAGAAUCCUCAAGGAAUUCUCGUGUCGCCCGUGGAGAAACGCCACUACCGAUGGCUGCUCUUGCCAAACGGUCUGCAGGUGAUGGUCAUCAGCGACCCGAACGCCAACAAAGCUGCAGCGGCGAUGUCGGUGGACGUAGGAGCAGCACCAGACCCCGUGGGCCUUCCUGGCCUAGCGCACUUCCUCGAACACAUGGCUUUUCUCGGUACAUCCAAGUACCCCCUCGAAAACGCGUACAAGUCGUACCUGGCGAAGCAUGGGGAUAGGUCGAACGCGUCGGCGGCCCGAAGGGACAUAAGGCUCUCGCGGGGGAGUCGGUGGCGGCAACUGCGACGACCAGCAUCAGCUCCACGACGACUGCCGACAAGCCUAUCAAGCGGCGCAAGACCGCAAAGGAGCCGUCGAAGAAGCAACCUUCCGCUACCUGCUGCUCCUUCUACGAACACCGUGUGGCAUCACCAGCGGCAGCAAUCUUCGCCGCUCAGGACCGUCGUCCCUCCCGGCAAGUCGGAGCCCAUCACACCGGCUGAUCUCGCACCCUCUCCGACCUCGCGGUGGCACCCGCGUCGCCUUCGUUGUCGAAGAGGCAGCACCCGGCCGCACCCGGCCGCCGACACCCAAGCCAGCAGGUGGCGAGGAAGGAGCCCCGCCCUCGCCACCACCGGAAGGACGAAGCCAGUGGCACCGGCUCUGCCUGCUCAAUUCCCCUCCCUAGCGCGAUCCAAACGAUCAGCGGCGGAGGAGACCGCUGGGGCGAAGUUCGCGGCGCACCCGCGGAUGGUGGUGCCGCGUCGCGGGAGCUCCGUGUCAGCUCCGGGCUCGGAAUCCAGCGUCGACGGCAGCUCGUCUUCGCUGAGCUGGGACGACGAUCGGGCGGAAGGCUGGGCAGCGGCUGGGGUUGCGAGCGACGACCGCUCACACGGCGGUUUUGAUUGGCUCCCGCCCAAGAGAACGCGACGCCCUUGA